CUGCCCACCUGAAACACGACUUUUAGGACGUCGUUAGUUUGAAGCGUCUUGUCGUGUCGUCCAAGUUCUCUCCGCUCAGUUCCCUUUUACUACUUCCCCAGUUCACCUCCGUCCUUUGUGAAUCAGUCUUGCCUCGGAGAAGAGAAGGGAAGGAGGAAAUCCUGAGACAGAUCGAAGCAACGCAUACACCCAUACUGUUAUUACUACACGAAGAAGAGUGAGAGAUGGCCCGAUACGACAGAGCAAUUACGGUUUUCUCGCCGGACGGCCACCUUUUCCAGGUGGAGUACGCUCUCGAAGCCGUGCGUAAAGGAAACGCCGCCGUAGGUGUUCGCGGGACUGACACCAUUGUGCUGGCCGUCGAGAAAAAGUCCACUCCUAAGCUUCAAGAUUCAAGAUCAGUGAGGAAGAUUGUCAAUUUAGAUGAUCACAUAGCAUUGGCUUGUGCUGGGCUGAAGGCAGAUGCACGUGUGUUGAUAAAUAGGGCACGCAUUGAAUGCCAGAGCUAUAAGCUUACAAUUGAGGAUCCUGUAACUGUUGAAUACAUAACUCGUUACAUUGCUGGUCUUCAGCAGAAGUACACACAAAGUGGUGGUGUGAGACCUUUUGGCCUUUCAACAUUGAUUAUUGGGUUCGAUCCACAUACUGGCACUCCAUCCCUGUAUCAAACCGAUCCAUCUGGAACAUUUUCAGCAUGGAAAGCCAAUGCCACUGGGAGAAACUCAAACUCUAUCCGUGAGUUUCUGGAGAAGAAUUACAAGGAAACAUCUGGCCAAGAAACUGUGAAGUUAGCUAUACGUGCUUUGCUGGAGGUUGUGGAGAGUGGAGGAAAGAACAUUGAAGUUGCUGUAAUGACUAAAGAGCACGGGCUGCGGCAGCUUGAAGAAGCUGAAAUCGAUGCUAUUGUUGCUGAUAUAGAAGCAGAGAAAGCUGCUGCAGAGGCUGCCAAGAAGGCCCCUUCAACAAAGGAAACUUAGUCUGCUGCAGUAUUUAAAUGCUUUUACGUGAUUACUUUUGUGACCUCUAUUACAGAUUGUGGUCUGUUGUUGCCUAUGGCAAAUUUAUUUCCCUCAAGGAUUUUUAUCAUGAUACGAUCCAAAAAUUCAGAGGUACUUUAUAUGCUUGUUUUCUAUUGUAUGUCUUUUGUCGACUAAGAAAACAUCUUGCAAUGUCUAUUCACGCCCU